UACGCGCUGGUCGUGGCGAGCGUGGCGAUCUCCGCUGCGCGAGACUACCCCGGCGAGCCCGUCACUCACUGCAUGAAAGUGGGUUUCCUGAUGGAUGUCGUUUCGUAUCUCCACUACCUGCCCGUUCCUCACCAGAACCACAUCAAGGUCGUCUGCUACUUCAUACGUGUGCACCGGCCUUUAAGAUUCAUCUGGAUGACGGACAGAGACAAGAUGAACAGCAGCCUCCUUGUGACCACGCUCAAGUACAUCUACUACACGUUUCUCCUGCGGAUCAUGUGUGCGUACUUUUGGAUGUACCUCGUUGGCAUCAAGUUUAGAUUUGGUCGUCCCCAUAUAAACGCCCAACGUCGAGUGAUGCAGCUCGUCGGCUCUGUGCUCACGCAGAUCGACGAACAAGACAAGCAACCGGUGCAGUUCGAAAUGAUGUAUGCCAUGUACAUCGUUAACAAGAUUUUCAUACCUAUUGGCCCUCCAGAUUUGACCCUAAACGAUACCGACCGCAUAGUGUUCCUGAUGGUGAUGGUGACAGGCACCCUGAUGGUGACGGGGGCGGCAGUGGCGGCGCUCUCCUCCGUCAUCAGCGUCCACAUGCGCCCCGAGGAGAGCUUCCGCACGCGGUACAAGAUCAUCAUGAGGGAUCUGACGAAGUCCGGUAUCCCCGAAAGCCUCCGCAACAAGGUGGAGACAUUCUACAAGAUGUACUGGCACAAGCAGCGAGCAGUCUCAGACUCUCAACUGCUGCCAAGCUUCCCGCCCGUCCUGCCCAGCAGCGUGUACACCGAUGUCUACUUCGAGGCCACACAGAAGAGCGGCCUUCUCCGCGACCUGUCGUACGAGUUCCUCUCAGAACUAGCCAGACACAUGGAGACCAUCUUCUACAUUCCUGGUGACUGCAUCAUCAAGCGGAACUCUCUAAAGGACUCCAUCAUAUACAUCACCUUGGGAGACAUUGAGGUUAGUGCUAUAAGUAGUUCUUUUUUAUUAGCAUUAGAAAAAAGUUUGGUGCAACCGACCCUUAGUGUAUUGUAUAUGACGCAGAUGCGCGCGGGCACGUUCUGCGCGGCGCGUGUGCUGCGCGCGCGGGGGCUGUGGCGCGCCGCGCUGCGACUGCGAGGCAGCGGGCAGGCGAGACUCAUGCUCAACGAAUUACGAGUAAGGAAAGAUUACAGUAUGUGCAAGAUAUACAAAAGCAGCAUCCUCGAGUUCAAGAAGAGCCUAAUGGCCCUGAAGGAGGCGCGAGAUGAGGACGGCGAGCUGCUGCUGGCGCGGCCCGACUAUCUACUGGAAAUCGCUGGCUGCUAUCUCAUGAGAAACCGCGCAGACGCGACAUUGACGGACGAUUCGGAUCCGAUCUGCCUCCGACAGACCUUCCCCUGCAUCCUGCAGCCCACAUCCUCGCUGCUCACCGCUUGGAACUGGUUCAUGGCUUGUCUCAUCUUGACCGUGUGCUUCAUAUACCCGUACCACAUCAUAUUCAAGCUGUCCAGUUCCUCGGAGUUCCGUUUCUUCGACACGAUGGUGACCGCGAUCUACGUGCUGGACAUCAUCGCCUAUCUCUCGACGGGAACCAACGUUGAGGAAGGCGUCCCUAUAACGUUCAUGGAGACGGCCUCGAAGCAAGUGCGGUCCCCGUGGUUCGUAGUGGAUGUGGUGGCUACGGCACCCAUCUUCUCUUUCGUAUCGGAAGGAGAGUUACGGGGCAUUAACAGAAUCCUCAGGUUUCCAAAGGUCAUCCGCAUGAUCCAGACCCUGGAGGAAGAGUGCGUGGACCACACCAACCUCAUCCGAUUCUUCGUGUGCGCACUGCUGCUGUUCUUCGCGUGUUACUGCCUUGCGUCAGUGCAGCAAUGCGUCCUCUGCGACGGAUACGGCUUCUGCCAAGUCAACAACUUCACCCACGAGCCGUUCUAUACGCGAGCUCCUCUGGACGAUGAGUACAAGAACAUCUUGAACCGCCUGUUCUUUAGCCUAUAUUGGGCCAUGUCGAUACUUACCUUCACCUGUCAUAUAGAGAUGGUGCAAGGAAGCUCUGCGUUGAAUAUGUACACUACGAUUCUGCUGGAGAUAUGCAUCGUAAUGAGUAUCAGUAUCGAGGCUGUCUACUCCGCUACCAUCAUGGUCACCACCGCUUUCAGAGAGAGCUUCGACUCGUGCAUCGCAGACGCACGCAACUUCCUCAUCCGCCACCAGGUGCCGCUGCAGUUGCGGCAGCGUUUCCUCGAGCAUUUGCAGCUCUGCUGGGACACCAGGAAGGCGUACUCGAUGACAUCGAAGCAGAGCUCUGUGUUCUACGACCUGCCUCCCCACGUAUACCAAGACAUCCUGGCCCGCCAGCGGAGCAAGUUCAUGCUCUGCAUACCGUUCAUGAAGCUACUAAACAAUGAAGACUUAAAGAAUGUGUCUUCCAACGCGCGCAUAUUCUACUGCGCGCCGAACGAGAUCCUGCUGAAUACUGGAGACAUCAGCACAGAGAUGUUCAUUAUCAAGAAGGGCUUCUGCGAGGUUUUAAACCCCGAUACAAAAGAAGUGGUUGGCACGUUAAUCACAAAAAGUCAUUUCGGAGUACUCGAAUGUAUAUUUCGUUUCCCAGCUUUCUAUACCGUACGGACGACGACCCACGUGCUAGUAUUCGCCAUCUCUAGAAAAUAUCUGCUGCAGGCGCUAGAGGUGCCUCAGAUAAAAGACGCCAUCAACUUUGCUAAAGACCAAGAAGAAUACAACCGGCUGCUGAUCCCUCGCGAGCCGUUCUCCGCCUACCAGCCGCCGCCCCCCGUGCCGAAUAGGGAACGCUUCAAACUGCGCAGGAAACACGAGAAGGACUCUGCCUUCCUCCAGCCGUUCAAGAAGUUUGGCUUCUUUUCUAUUUUAAGAAACGUGUUCCCCCGUUUCACUUUCCGACCGGACAGCACCCUGCUUACUCGCUACGAGGUUUGUCGCUCGUUCUGCGCAGUCGCAGGCACGUUCAUCUUUCCGUGCUACACUUAUAUGGUGCUGCAGUUCCCCGCGUUGUACUACGUGUCGCUUAUACUCGACCUAUCGGCCUAUACCGACGUAAUCUUCCGCCUGUUCGUCGGCUUCUUUGACGAUAAAGGCAUCCUGGUGUACCACCCGGCGAACACGGCCGCUCAUUACCUUCGGGGCGCCUUCAUGUUGGAUCUGCUCGGCUGCCUACCUCUGGAAGACCUAGAAGUGUCCUUGAAGCAUUCUUACGGUGACCUGUACCAGGUGACUGCUAUGAAGCAGGCCCUGAUGCUGAACAGGUUGCUGCAGCUGUACCGCCUGCCCGGAACCUUGGACAUGCUCACCAGCUUCGUGGAGCGUCGUGACAUCAUAAUAGUGUUCAAAACUAUCCCCAUCUUCCUGACGAUCCUGAAUGUGCUGACGGUUUGCCUCAUCUUCUCAUCGGUGCGGAUAUACCACUCGGAGGACAACACCCGGUGGGCCUUCGUGCCUUUCAAUGACCCCGGGGGCUCCUGGAUACACCUGUAUAAUAACGCUUUUCGCUUCAACGUGACGGAGACUCCUUUCAACCUGCACGUGGGGUGUUACUUCUGGAUCGUGUACGAGGCGACGACGACGGGAUAUAACACCAUAGCGCCCUCUAACCUUCAUAUAAUGAGCGUGCUGUUCUGGAGUAUGGUGCUCGGUUCUCUGGCAACGAUCUACAUGUCAGUGCGCAUCAUUAGUCUCCGAGCGAACGUGGACAGAACGCUGGCCGCCUACCAGGAGCACAUGCGGGACUUGCUGCAAUUCAUGCGCCGGGAGAAUCUUGAUAAGCAGCUGCAGAAAGAAAUCAUGGAUCACUACGAAUUCAACUGGAUAAACACUGAUAGUAUAGACGCGCGCAAUGUACUCAAACUAUGCGAUCAGAUCACUCUGCGGAGCGACGCCAUAAUGCACCUGUACGGAGCUGCAUUCGCUAAGUGCCCGAUCCUCUCUGACUGCGACGUAUCCCUCCUCCGCGUCCUGGGCCGUGCAGUGCGCAGCAUCCACUUCCUAGAGGGCACCACCAUCUUCCAAGAGGACGACGUGACCCAGCACCUGUACUUUGUUUACAGCGGCCAGCUGCAGCUGAGGACCACUGACUCGGCAGAAGGAGUCUGCAAGGUCACUAAACUUGAUGUUGGAAGCAUGGCGGGCAACCUGUCGGACGCGGUGUCGUGGCGCGUGCGCUCCCGUCUGGUGGCAGCCACGGACGUGCAGCUGCUCCGGAUGCGGACCAAGGCGUUCCAUGCCAUCGUCCGGGACUGCUUCCCGUUGGUGCUGCAGCUUAUGGCGACGCAUCGACAAGAUAAUCAGUUAUGUAUCAAAUCUAACGCUACUGGUGAAUUUCGGCGGACGUCGUCGAAGCCCCAGAACACAAUAUUCAUCAAGCAUCUCGCUAUCAAAUCCAAAAUCAGAAGCGGCAUAGUCCAGGUAUUUCUCAUAAUAACCUCCAUGCUCUGCGUAUACAUGGACCUGUACAACGCCGGUUUUCAAAACAACUCUGUACCGGUAUUGGCGUCGUUAUACACGCUCGAUGUAUGCUUUCUGAUCAAGAUUGUGCUGUACUUCACGUUGCCACGACUAGUGAAGCUGCCGACUGAGGAUCAUGAGAAUGCCAAGAUGACGUACUUCAAAAGCAUGGAGUUCAAAGUAGACGUGGCUUCGUUCGUGCCCAUCGAGUUGUUCUGCUUGUUGAAGAGUGACCCCUGGCUCUUGCUGUCCUGUCUGCGUCUCAACAGGGUUCUGAGGCUUGCAACAGUAUCCAAAUACCUGAAACGCUAUCAGAAGCGAGCUACAGAGAAUCUGUUGUUCAGCACGUUGACUCUCAUCAUGUGGUUUACAAUUUUAAUCCACUGUUUGACUUGUCUAUGGUUCUUCAUCGGGCUUAGCGUAGACCGCGCUGAACCGGGGCAGUCUUGGCAAUAUAGCGAUUCCGGGGACCCGCUUUGCGACAACAAAUACAUCUGCAGCGUGUACUUCGUUCUGACAAGCUUCGCUCACAGCGGUGUUGCUGACAUAAUGCCCAAGAAGGAGAUAGAGGUGGUGUACGUGUCAGCUCUCCUGAUCAUCUCUCAGCUGAUGUACGUUGUGUACGUGGGCGAGUUCUCCAACAUCGUGCAUUACGCGUCUUUCCGCGCCUUCACCUACUACGCCAAGUUUCUGGAGCUUCAGGACUACCUAAAGAACAACCGGGUAUCACCAGCGCUGAUCGCCCUGGUGAACAAGUACGCAGUACUGCUGUGGCGGGAGGCGCGAGGGGAACAGUUGCCCAAGUUUCUUGCCGACGCACCUCUAUGCCUCAAGUUAAAAGUCAUGUGUCAAGCCUAUAAAGAUGUUGGAGAUCAGCAUCCGGUGUUCAAGAGUUGCGAGCCGGCUCUGCUCCGCCACAUGGUCGGCUAUCUCCGACAAUACUACUACGACGGAAAUAUGUACGUGGUGAAGCAGGGCGAGAUCACCAACUCGAUGUACCUCGUACACUCGGGCGAGGUCCGGGAGAUCAGCGAGAACUAUGACGAUUACGAGGACGAAGGCGUCAAACUGAGGACCUUUACCAAGGGGGAGUACUUUGGCAUUGAACAAGGACUAAUUCGUGACAAGCCAUAUGACUAUUCUUACCGAACUACGAGCAAGUCCCAAGUUCUGACGCUACUCUUAGACGACUGGGAGUAUCUUUUACAGCACUUUCCAUAUAGCAAGAAGCUGAUAGAUGACUAUCGGAGUAGUCAUCAUAGUAAGGACGAUAGGCCCCCACCUCCGCCUCCUGAAGCCAGUGGUACCCUAGGUACUCCGGGCGGCUCAGAAACGGGCCUAGAGGACGGGGGUCCAUCGGAUGGACCUUCAGGGGGUCCAUCGGAUGGACCUUCAGGGGGUCCAUCGGAUGGACCUUCAGGGGGUCCAUCGGAUAGACCUUCAGGGGGUCCAGAUGUACCUCCAAGUACGCCGCCGGAUAUGAAACCGGGCGAACCAGAAGAUCCAACCAACAAGACAGCCCCUCUGAUAGAAUUAAAAUGCACCAUUUACAAGUAUCCUGAGUCUAAAGAGCCCGAGCCUGAACCGGCUGUGACUGAUGGUCUAGAAGGGACAUCGAAAGGUAAAUCUAAAACGGUGAAACUAAAAGACGAAACGAAAGGGUCUUCAUUUUCACGAGACCCAUCUGAAGGUAUGGGCGAGAGAAAGAAGUCAGUCCUUAAGUUUUCUGACAAAUCUUUGAGAAUUGAAACGUCUGUUACGUUUCGCGAGGAACCGCUUCCCGCUAGCAGCUCAACGCAACUCUUUGAACGUAUUCGAAACGCAGCAAGAGCCGUAGACGACAGGCUGGCGAGUCGAAGCAUGCCUCGCAAUGACGACACGACAUCGACAGAAUCAAUCAAAGAGUCAGAAGCCGUUGCAACAUAUCACAGCGUCGAGGAAUACUUAGCUUACAAGUACAAGAUGCGUGAUUCGUAUCAAUACCGCCCCAAAAUAGAAGAUGAAGACCAAAUUGGCUCUGACGUCAGAAUGAGCCCCAAUCGUCGGAUGCGAAUGAAAUACCCCAAUAAAAAACAAAGCUCGGUUCACGAUGGUUCUCAUAGGGAGCACUUCGUGCAUUCACAGCUAGCAGAGUCUAUGUAUCGUGUCCAUUCAGUAGAAAGUCGAAAUGCACCCGUUUUGGAUCUUGAGAGGCCUUUGGGUGAUUACACUCCGUCUAACGUUUCGCUCAUGGGACUUUCUACAGUGGCCUCUGAUGUAGACAUAGAGCCAAGAAAAAGUUCGUCUACUGUAGCACGAGAGGACUCUCAAGUACCAAUGACUUCCAAACAAGCCAUGCAACAAUCUGACGCAGCUGAACCCAAGAACGCGGACACUGAUCGAACUGAUGAUCGAGGAAGCAAAGAACCCAAGAAACAACAGAUUGAUACUCAUUUAACUAGGACAUCUUCAACCACAAACCUUCUUGCGUUACCCCCUCCUUCUGACAGCGUAUUAAUGCAACAGCCAUCAACAAUUCCUGAAGAAUUCCUUAACAUAGCAAAACCAGAGACAUCUCGUGAUAAUGACGCGGCUCGAACGGCCUCUGCGAAGGGUUCUGUCACUGUACCGAAACUGCUUGCGUUGCCACCCGCGCCUUCAUCUGAAUUGCCUACGCCUGCGAAAGAUGCAGUGCCUGAAAUGGCCCAACCUGCAGAAAUCGUUACUGAACGUGAACCAUCUAUUACAUCAAUGCGCCUUUUACAAGCAGAAUCUCCAACGACUAUAGUGGCGCCGCCCAAAGAUCAAGCAACUGACCUAGCUGCAUUGAUAGAGGCUGAAAUGCCACUCGACUCUGCAGCACCUACCACCAAAAACGAGGACGAGGGUUUAAAUAUACCUAAAGAGAAACAAGCCGAUGGUAGUGUUGAAGCAGAAUCAGAGAAACAGAAGACUGAUACUGAUACUCACAAGUCAGAGGAUCAGAACAAGUCAGGUAAAGAAAAGACUGAUCAGGACAAAGCUACAGAUGAUAAGGACCGCGAGGAUAAAAAAGAUUAAUCCUUUGAACGCCUGCCUAUCGUGCGCGGCGCGUGUUCGUGGACCUUGUCGGAACGCAUAAGCCCCCAUUCGCACGACAGCUUUUUCAACGCGCGUUAAAAAAGCGUUUGAAUUUGUCCGCACUCUAAAUUCGAUUGAUUAUAUUUGUUUCUAUUAUUAAAAUAUGUUAGCCAUACGAUUAAAUAAUAAAUUCGAUUUAACGACCAAGGCUUAAAGUCGAAAAUCCAACAACGCUUGAUAAAAAGCGUCACUGCUGUCGUGUGAAUACAUACAUGGCUAUCCAUUUGUGUCAUUCAAACGUAUUUACGUAUAAAAAUAUUAUUAUGUAUUGCAAUAAUAAUUGAAGCUUACAUGUAUUUUAUUUGUGAACUAGUUUUUUUUUUAAUAUUAAAUAGAAUAGGUAUAGAA